AUGGUUAUAAAUAAUCCUAGUUACUAUUCUGCUAUACUAGAAAUUGUAGAACUGUGGUUUGGGUGUGUCGUCUAUAAAAAAGUAUCUAUCAUCAUGAGUGGACAACAGUAUUAUCCCUACAAGUGCACCCCCACCGUGUACCCAGCAGAGCCUUUUGACCCUGCUGCGGACGCGGAAACUCUGCGGAAGGCCAUGAAGGGCUUCGGCACCGACGAAAAGGCAAUCAUAGAUGUCCUUUGCAGACGCGGUAUUGUACAGCGACUUGAGAUCGCCGAGACCUUCAAGACUAAUUAUGGCAAGGAUCUGAUCAGCGAACUGAAAAGCGAGCUCAGCGGCAAUUUAGAGAAUGUGAUCGUUGCUCUUAUGACCCCACUGCCACACUUCUACGCCAAGGAGUUGCACGAUGCUGUUGCGGGGAUUGGCACUGACGAAGAGGCCAUUAUCGAGAUCCUUUGUACUCUCUCAAACUAUGGCAUCCGUACUAUCUCGGCUUUCUAUGAACAGCUGUACGGCAAGAGUUUGGAGUCGGACCUGAAGGGCGACACGUCUGGUCAUUUCAAGAGACUGUGUGUAUCCUUAUGCAUGGCCAACCGUGACGAGAACCAGGGUGUUGAUGAGGGCGCUGCAAAGGCUGAUGCUGAGGCGCUCGCCGCCGCUGGUGAGGGCCAGUGGGGCACGGACGAGUCCGUGUUCAAUUCAAUCCUGAUCACUCGCUCAUACCAACAGCUAAGACAGAUCUUCGCCGAGUUCGAGGCAAUAACCGGUAAAGACAUCGAGGAGUCCAUUAAGAAGGAAUUCUCCGGCAGCGUGGAAAAGGGAAUGCUUGCUAUUGUAAAAUGCGUUAAGAGCAAAGUUGGUUUCUUCGCCGAGCGCCUGUACUACUCAAUGAAAGGCCUCGGUACCAACGACAAGACCCUCAUUAGAAUCGUGGUAAGCCGUUCCGAAAUCGAUCUUGGAGACAUCAAACAGGCUUUCCUUGACAAGUACGGCAAACCCUUGGAGAGCUGGAUUGCUGAUGAUACGAAAGGCGACUACAAACGAGUCUUACUCACUCUAGUGUCGUAA